GGAAAACAGGUAAAAAUCCGCGCCAAAUCAAAAAUUGCACUAGUGCGUCACUAUGGGGACGACAGGCGGUGAGUCCAAGAGCGACGCUGAGAGCGACGUGGAGCAGUACGAGCUCACAGAAGACGAGGAAGAGCAAGAGGAGAAGACGCAACAGCCGUCAGACUCGACCAAGCGCGCUACAGGGAAGCGUAAGCGCUCACUGUCCCAAAAUGACGAAGAAGAGAUCGCCCGUCGUCGUCGAAAGCGCCGCUCGCUGGCCUUCCAGCAGCGUCGACGCUCUCUAACGCCUAGCGAGAAGAGAGCUGGUGUGGGAGGGGCGAAUGCAGCCCCGACACACAGUAAACAGUACAUUAGUGACAUGUACUCGACCAUUAUCAAGAUGUCCUCGGAAAACAAAAUUAACGUCAAGAACUCGUGGUCGCUGCAUUUAAUCGACCACAUGGAGGACAUUCUGGACUCCUCUAAAAGAAUCGCUGCGGACGGAGAUGCUGACGACGACACGUACAAUUUCCAGAAGGCGAGCUGCACACUGGACGCGAGUAUUAAAAUCUACUCGUACCGAGUGGACGACACGUGGAAUUCGUCAUACAAAAUUCUAGAGAACUUGUCACGUACCGAGCAGAAGCAUGGCGUGGACGACGCCGGUGAAGAAGGAGGCACUGCGACUACUGCACGCAAGACGAGGAAGACUCAUGCACGCACGAUCGAGAAGAACUUGAACAACAUCAACUUGAAGGCUUACGAUACUGAAUGUGAAGCAGACCCGCUGUUCCACAAGAUGUCCCAGUCUUUUGAUGAAGGUGGAGCAAAAGGGAUGUUGCUGGCGAAUCUGAGUGUGUAUGAUGGCUGCAAGAUCUUGCUGAACUCGUCCGAUGUGAGCGUCGUGACGCGUAAACCGAUCCAGGACGUUGCGGACAAGGCGAAGGAGAAAUUAGAGAGUCAGGAGAAGGAAAAGACGGAGGAGGCUGAUGAUGCCAAUUCAAAGGAUAAAGUCUCUGAUAAGGGAGGCGAGGAAGGGCAGGAGGAUGAAGAAACAGAGACGGAAGAGGAUGGUUCAGUGGUAAAUGAAGCUGGUGAGAAUGGAGAAGGCGUGACCAUGGAGGAACAAGACAAGAAAGUGGGAACUAGUGAUGUUGAUGUGGACGAGAAGGAGAAGGGAGACUCGUCGGAAGAUGUUACCACCGAGGAAGAGCAGAGUAAAGGGAAAGAUGAGGAAGCUGCGGAUGAUACGAACGCUAAGGAUGGGGGGAGUCCUGACGAAUCGACAAAGGAAGGAGACAAUCCUCCUGCUACUAAAGAGCGUAUUAGCUUGUCAGUCUUCGGUAACCUGUCUUGUAUCAGCCAGGAUGUCCAGAGUCUGGAGGUUUGUCCGCCGUUGUACCGGAUGUAUGACCAGCUUGACGAGUUUUACGGUGACGAAGCCCGCCACAAACUUGGAAUCAAGAACGACUUCUUACUCAAAACGCCUGUCAAGGGACGACGGAAGACGCUGGACAAGCAGGAUGUCAUUACCAUGAAUCUAGCUGGAAUCAUGGAAGGUGCCAGUGAGGAUGAAUCCGACGGAGAAGAUAUUCCUCAAGACACGCCGGUGGACUUUGGAGACGACAAUACAGCGUAUGACGCUGAUGAGGAUGGCGCUGACACUGUUGGUGACGCAGAGGAAGCCACAGAGGUUGAACCUGCUGAAGAUGUGAACGUAGAGAAAGAGAAGGAGAUGGACGUCAUUGAUCUGGCUGGGAGUGAUGAUGAUGAAGACAGCGUGCAAGACGAUCUUACUUUGGAUGGCGUCGAGCGCGGUCCUAUGGCUCUAGACAAGGAAUCGUCGCUGAAGUCAAGUGCUGCGGACUUUUUCCGUGCCAAGGUGAACGAGAACUUGCCGGAGAAUUACGAGAACAAUCUCUUCUCGCAGAUGAUUGAGUCUGCCCUUGUUCGAUCUACCAACGUGGAAGACGAUCAAGAUGACGACCAGGAGGGUAAGAAUGACUACUCUUACUUUGACGUCAAGAUGCUCCGGAAUUGGGCUGGUCCGGGUCAUUGGAAGUUCCCUGCAGUGCGUAAAAUGAAACAGCGUCUUCAAGAAGAUGCAGAGAAGGACGGACUGGAUGGAGAGGUCGAUGAAGAUGGCGUUGCCAUCAAGGCUGAACCAAUCGAAGCCUCCACCGAACGUGUCCGCAAAGGAAGUACUGCUGGUGUGGAUAAGAAGGCAAUUACGGUGGAUUUCUUCGGUGGCGAUCCUGAUCUGUCGAGGCUAAAGGCUCCGAAGUCUAUGUCCAGCCUGGAGAUCUCCAAGGGCAAUUUGAAGAAGCAGACGGAGAACGCUUCCGACCUUGUAUUGCCAGUGGACACGCACAUUGAGCUUAAUCUGUUCUUUAGACACUUUUUGAAGGAAAGGACGCGGUUCUUCAAGAAGCGCGGAGGUCUGGACAAUGCCCAUCGGGAAGGCGCUACAGUAAAUGACUUUGAAUUCGGAGACAGCAGUGGUGACGCUGCCGAUGAUCACGAUCGGGAACAGCCGUUUACAUACAAUGAGGAUAGCGCCGGGUUUGAACCUGAUUACGAUGAAGAUGAAGGCACCAGUGGAGUGGACGACCCUGGCACAGAAGCGCUGUAUUCUGUGGAAGGUCUGGUUCAGGCGGAUCGUGUAGUGGAGAAGAUUGGCGUACACUAUGAACGCUUUGCCAAGCGGGUGGAUGUUAAGAAGUUGAAGGGCAGUAUCUGGGACCAUUUGGAGAAAAAAGUUAGCAAGAAGGAGAAUGCCAGUGACAAUGUUGAAGCGACUGGCGAUACUGACUGUGCUGUCGCCUUGAAUGAGAGCGGUAAACGUCCACGUGAAGAGGAGACUGAUGAAGGUGAUGAAUCACUAGAGACUACUUUUGAAAAUGUGGUUGAGAAUGUGGCUGGCAAGGUGCCCUCGAAUGUGACAGUAUCGUUCUACUUCAUUUGCGUCCUGCAUCUGGCUAAUGAGAAGGGUCUGGAGUUGAAAGGCCAAGACGACUUACGCAACUUCCAGAUUCGUAAAGAGAACCCGUGAACGCAUGUAUGGAAAUGUUGAAUGCAGAGUACAUAGCACAAGGAAAACACUAGCAAAGCCUAGAAUCGGUUUUGAAUGUACUUAAAAGUAUACCGCUGUGUAAACGUUUCAAAUAGAUAAAAAGAAAACCACGUCCUACAGCUUCCAACCACGUGAUACAGCAGUGUUUGAGC